AUGCGUCUUCUUCAACUCGCCUGGCUUCUCCCGGCCAUCACCGCCGCCGUCGCAUCGACAGCGCCCUCCACCGACGGCGUCACAGCCUUUAUCAAGCGCAGGCUGCCACACCAUGCCGACAGCUUCGAGCUGACCAUAGAGAAUGCCACCAAGGCCUCUACCGCGUCCAACGACGCCUACACCGUGUCAAGCGGCACCAAUGGCAAGGUUCAGAUUCAAGGCACCUCUCCGAGUGCCAUCAUGCAAGGACUGCAUCGCUACCUCGCGGAUGUCGCUCACGUCGAUAUCUGGUGGUUUGUCGGGAGUGACCUAGAUAAAGCCCCCAAGACGCUUCCGCGCUUGGACAAGCCCCUGGAGGGCUCCAGUAUUGUCCCGUACCGCUAUCACUGGAACACAGUCACCACCUCUUACACAAGCGCUUUCUGGUCAUGGGAAGACUGGGAGCUCCAGCUCGACUGGAUGGCCCUGCGCGGCGUCAAUCUCGCCCUCGCCUGGAUCGGUGUCGAGAAGAUCUUCACCGACGUGUUUAGCGACAUUGGCCUCACAGACAAUGAAAUCGGCUCCUUCCUCAGCGGGCCCGCGUUCCUGGCGUGGCAACACUUUGGCAACAUUCAGGGCUCCUGGGGUGGCGACCUGCCCCGGGCCUGGAUCGAGGACCAGUUCAGCCUGCAAAAGAAGAUAGUCAAACGAAUGGUCGAGCUGGGCAUGACGCCAAUCCUGCCCGCCUUUCCGGGAUUCGUCCCUGAAAACAUCACCCGCGUCUGGCCCAACGUCAGUCUGGCCGAGAGCCCCAAGUGGAGCGGCUUCUCUGGCCGAUUCACCGCGGACAAGUACAUCACGCCGUAUGACCCGCACUUUGCCGAGCUGCAAAAAGCAUUCCUCACGAAGCAGAAAGAAGCCUAUGGCAACGUAACCAGCUUCUGGACACUGGACCAGUUCAACGAGAACAAGCCUGCCUCAGGAGAGCUCGACUAUCUGAAAAACGUCAGCCACAACACCUGGCAGACGCUCAAGGAUGCUGACCCCAGUGCCGUGUGGGUGAUGCAGGGCUGGCUGUUUGCUUCGGACAAGACGUACUGGACUGAUGACCGUGUCAAGGCCUUCCUGGACGGUGUACCUGCCAAUGAGGACAUGCUGCUCCUCGAUCUCUUCGCCGAGUCGACCCCUCAGUGGCAACGCACAGAUUCUUUCUACGGUAAACCUUGGAUUUGGUGCCAGCUACACGGCUACGGCGGCAACAUGGGUCUCUAUGGGCAGAUUGAGAACGUCACCAACAAUGCCGUCGAGGCUGUGCAAAAGUCCAAGUCCCUUGUCGGAUUCGGUCUGUCCAUGGAGGGUCAAGAAGGUAAUGAGAUCAUGUACGAUCUUCUCCUUGACCAAGCAUGGAGCAAGGAGCCCAUCGAGACCGAAAAGUACUUUUACGACUGGGUAACUGUUCGUUACGGCGCUGAUCAGAAGGAGAUUCCCCACGGCGUGUACGCGGCUUGGGACAAGGUCCGCACUACUGUCUACAAUAACACCGAUUCCUCCGUCACAGCAGUCACCAAGUCCAUCUUUGAGCUUGUCCCCAGCACCAGCGGCCUCGUCAACAGGACCGGCCACCACGCCACCAAGAUCACAUACGACACCAAGACGCUCAUCAGCGCCUGGAACGACUUGUUCCAUGCCGGUAGCCAAGCCAGCUGGCUGUUUGAGAAUGAAGCCUACCGCUACGAUCUUGCCGACUGGACGCGUCAAGUGCUCGCUACUGCUUUCGAGGCCACCUACAACAAGCUCGUGGAAAAGUAUAAAGGCAAGAAUACCAAAGGCGUCAAGUGCGCCGGCAGCAAGCUGCAGGAGAUUCUGCGCACCAUGGACCGAGUCCUCGACACCAAUGCCAACUUUAAGCUGUCUACUUGGAUUCAAGCGGCUCGCAAGAGCGGCGGCAAGGCCGCCGACUUUUUCGAGUACAAUGCCCGCAACCAGGUCACGCUCUGGGGUCCCAACGGCGAGAUUGAGGACUACGCGUCCAAGCAGUGGUCCGGUCUCGUGGGCGACUACUAUGCCCACCGCUGGCAGAUGUUUGUGGACUACCUUGUUGUGACGGAUCCAAGCGACUAUAAUCAGACGGCGUUUAAGAAGAAGCUGAUGCAGUGGGAGACGCAGUGGAACAACAAGACAAUGCAUGAACAGGUCAACGUUGACGGUGGGAGCAAGGCGGAUGUGCAGAUUGUCAUGCGCAACACGGCAAACAAUCUGAUGGAUAUUUUCAAGGUUUAG